UCUUAUCUUGGUCUCUCUGUGUCUAUUUCUACCUCUUUCAGUGUGUGUGUCUCUUUUUCUCUGAAUGUCUCUUUCUGUCUUUCUCCGUGUAUCUCCUCUCUCUUCUCCCCACUCCAUACAUACUUCUUUCUCUAUCUCCGCGUCUUUCUCGCCCUCACUUACUCCCCUCCUGCCUGCCCACUGCUCCCUGCGCCUGGCCUGCCCCCACCGCCGCCGGUUCAGGGGAACGUGUGCGGAGCGAUUGUCCUGGGGGACAUUUGAUGGAUUAGAGCGCUGAACAGUUCCAUUGCUAGGGGACCACCUGAUCUCCUCCAGCUUGCGUCCCAUAUAAAGCCGGCAGCCGGAGUGCUGAGCACAGCUCCAGCAACCGCCUGUCUCCGCGCCACCGCCGCCAAGCCCGAGCGGGAGCCCGAGCCGAGCCGAGCCGCGCCGGGGCCGCCGCCACUGGGGCCGGCUCCGCGCUGCUGCCGGCCCGCCCGCCCGCUGGGAGCUGUCCAGUGCUGAAACCCUGCGCAGACAGCCAAUCGCGCCCGGCUGGCCGCCUCCCCCACCCGGCCACCACGCAGGUGCCCCCGCCGAGCCCCGCCAGUCGCACCAUGCCGCGUUCCUUCCUGGUAAAGAAGAUCAAAGGGGACGGCUUCCAGUGCAGCGGGGUGCCGGCCCCCACUUACCACCCCUUGGAGACCGCCUACGUGCUGCCUGGAGCCCGGGGGCCGACCGGGGACAACGGUUACGCCCCGCACUGCCUUCCCCCCGCCAGCUAUGAUGUGGACCAGAAGCCGGGCCUGGAGCUGGCACCCGCGGAGCCUCCGUACCCGCCGGCGGCGGCGCCGGAAGAGUACAGCGACCCCGAGAGCCCGCAGUCCAGCCUGUCGGCGCGCUACUUCCGCGGGGAGGCGGCCGUGACCGACAGCUACUCCAUGGACGCCUUCUUCAUCUCGGACGGGCGCUCGAGGCGGCGGCGGGGCGGGGCCGGCGGGGACGCGGCGGGGCCGGGGGACACCGCGAGCGCCGGGGGGCGCGCGGGGCGCACCGGGGCGCCGGCGGGCGGCGGGCACCGGCACGCGUGCGCCGAGUGCGGCAAGACGUACGCCACGUCCUCGAACCUGAGCCGCCACAAGCAGACGCACCGCAGCCUGGACAGCCAGCAGGCGCGCAAGUGCCCGACGUGCGGCAAGGCGUACGUGUCCAUGCCCGCGCUGGCCAUGCACGUGCUCACGCACAACCUGCGCCACAAGUGCGGGGUGUGCGGCAAGGCCUUCUCGCGGCCCUGGCUGCUGCAGGGCCACAUGCGCUCGCACACGGGCGAGAAGCCGUUCGGCUGCGCGCACUGCGGCAAGGCCUUCGCCGACCGCUCCAACCUGCGCGCGCACAUGCAGACGCACUCGGCCUUCAAGCACUACCGCUGCCGCCAGUGCGACAAGAGCUUCGCGCUCAAGUCCUACCUCCACAAGCACUGCGAGGCCGCCUGCGUCAAGGGAGCCGAGCCGCCCCCGCCGCCCCCCGCCGGCCCCGCCUGCUGAGCUCCCGCCUCCUGCCCACGCCCGGAACUCGCUCUCCGCGCGCCCCGGGCCCCCCACCUGCGCCCUCUCCAACCCCCAGCUGCGUUUCCCUACCCGCGACUCUUGUGGGAACCGCGUCCCCCACCCCUCCCAGCCCGGAACUUUUCUCUCCAGCCCCAAACCCGUAACUGACUCCCGGCAUUGUUUCCCCCAACGCCCACAUAGUCCUUUCUGGCUUCCCAGACUCGGACCUUGACCCCCUGUCCAUGCCCUCAAGGCUCCCAACUCAGGCACCAGGUCCGCGCCUCUCCCGGGCCCCAGAGCCGGAAUUUUCUCCCACCCAGACCCUGCACCUUUCCUCUUCUGACGUUCAGAUCUUUCCUGUCGUUGCUCAGCAAAGUCCCUGUGACCAUUCCUCUAUUGGAGGCCCUAAGCUAAGGCCCAAACCUACCCUUGACUCACCCCUGCCGCCUGCCUUCGGUUUCCCUUCCACACUCCCAAUGCCAUGCGAUGCGGGCCCUGCAGCCUCCAGACCACAUUCAAACCCCGGGGCCAUUCCUCUGGCCUCUUUGCUGAGUUCCCUUGUAUCCGGCCUGAUCCCCUCCAUACUCUGGCCUUGGGCCAGCCAUUCACACACUACCACCACCCAUCCACCCUCUUGGGCCUUCUAACCCCCACCCCACCCCUACUGUCUCCAGACCCCCUCAUCCCUCUAGCAUCUCUCACCCCUCUGAAUUCUCCUGACCUGGGGCGGACUUGAGGGUCAGUUCAGGCCCCACCCCCUCAAGUAGCCCCUCUCUUACCCCAGGACAGCCCCUCCCUGAGCUUCCAAACUCAAGCUGCCCUCUCCCCAGAUUCUCUGAGCACUUUCCCCAUCCCUAGGAUGGCAGGUACCCCUCCUUAUUUGUUGGGGGGGAGGUCUGGGGCACCUCACAAAUGCCCUUCCCCUGUCUGGCUGGGCCUCUCCAGUUAUUUGUGUAUUUAUUUAUUUAUCUAUUUAUUAUUCUAUUUAAUCUCUUGUCCUCACCCAGGGAUGGUCUGGCUUCCCCAGCUGGACUGGGAGGUCAGGGAGCCAGGCAGGGAGAGGACAGCAAAGGCCAUAGAGGGCUGUCCCCCCCACACACACCCUCAC